GGGGGGAGGAGGGAGGAUUGACUUUUACCUGCCGAAGAAGCCGCACUCACCCCUCGCCUCCCCUCUUCUUUGCGCUUCCCUUCAACACCAGCUUGUCUGGAGCCGCAGAGGACUGUCAGCCUGUACAGACGAAGCCCAAGAUCAGAGUGCUGGCAGGGAAACUGUGCCUACAGCUCUGCUACCUGCUCUACCACCCUGUAUUACUCUGCCUCACACAUGCACGGCAAAACACUCUCAGAGGCAUACAUUCAGAGAACUUUCUCCCGUGCGCACACACUUACAUGCUGACAAGCUGGCAGACAGGCACACCCCCUCCCAUUAUCUGUGCGGGGAGCAGUUCUGCUCAUAUUGGUGUAGCAGCGAGGGGCUGUAUUUCGCUCCUCAGCAGCAGCAGCAGCAGCAGGACGGGUCCAGCGGAGAGCAGUCAUCGCCAGAGAUCACACGUCAGCUUCCACAACAGAAGUGGGACAGCCAUGGAGGACACCCUCACCUGCAGCCAUGCCACCUUCUCCCAGGUGUUUGGACGCCAGGGGCAGCUCAUGCAAGCCACGGUCCAGUCUCUCAACAGCCUGAACGACCAGAUUGCUCAGUUCAUGGUGACCAGACCUUGUAGCCUGGCUGACGAGGACGAGACCUUCAUCCCGGGAGAGAGGGACACCUUAAAGAAGUCAAUGGCGCUGAUGAGACAUCUGCUCAUGGAUGCUCAGGGGAAAAUCCUUAAAAUGAUGGAAGACAACAAACAGCUGGCACACAGGAUUGAUGGGGCCAUCCAGUCCGCCAGUCAGGAAGUGACCAACCUCCGCUCCGAGCUCUCUGCCACCAGCCGUAGACUAGCAGAGCUGGGUGCCAGCAGCCCCCCUGCCUUGGAGAACCGGCACAAUCACCACGAUGACAGCCUCCACUACCGGGAUCCAUCAGUGCACCACAGACAGAAGACAGUGGUGACGGACAUGUGCUACCCGACAGAGAUAUCCAGCCUGAUGGACUUUGGCACUCCAGACUGCUCGCUAGGCAAAGUGUUGUUACGUGAGGAGGUGGCCCAGCUUCAAGAGGAGGUCCACCUGCUGAGGCAAAUGAAGGACAUGUUGAGUAAGGACCUGGAGGAGACCCAGGGAGGCUGCUCUGCCAAUUUGCUCUCCGCCACCGAGCUCCGUGUGCAGCUGGGUGACAAGGAGCAGGAGCUGGACCGUGCCAAGGAGGCCUUACAAGCUAUGAAAGCUGACCGUAAACGUCUAAAAGUGGAGAAGGCAGACUUGGUGAGUCAGAUGCAGCAGCUGUACACAACACUGGAGAGCAGAGAAGAGCAGCUGCGAGAAUUCAUACGCAACUACGACCAACACCGAAAGGAGAGUGAGGAUGCAGUAAAAGCCUUGGCAAAGGAGAAGGAUGUGCUGGAGAGGGAGAAGUGGGACCUGAGGAGGCAGACCAAAGAAGCCACAGAACAGGCUAACACCCUGCGCUCUCAGAUGGACAUGAAGGAGAACAGGGUCAAAGAACUGGAGGCCGAGCUCACCAUGGCGAAGCAGUCUCUGGCCACCCUGACAAAAGACGUACCGAAGCGGCACUCAUUGGCCAUGCCCACAGAGCCCGUGGUGAACGGCAGUCAGGAAUGGGUGAUGCAGGCCGACCUGCCGCUCACUGCCGCCAUUCGUCAGAGCCAACAGACCCUCUACCAUGGACAUACUACGGACAGACAGGCUGUGGUCAGGAUCAGCCCCUGCCACUCUCGCCAGCCCUCUGUCAUCUCCGACGCCUCGGCUGCUGACGGGGACCGCUCGUCCACGCCCAGCGACAUCAACUCACCUCGUCACCGGACCCACUCCCUCUGCAAUUCCAUGGAGGACCUGGAGGACCAGAAGCGUAAGAAGAAGAAGGAGAAGAUGACUCUGGGAUCCCUGUCACGGGUGUUCGCUCGGGGCAAGCAGCGCAAGUCACUGGACCCUGGCCUCUUUGAUGGUACAGCCACCCCUGAUUAUUACAUAGAGGAGGAUGCCGAUUGGUGAUGCUGAGUGUGAAUGUUUGCGUGUGUGUGUGUGUGUGUGUGUGUGUGUGUGUGUGUGUGUGUGUGUGUGUUAAAUUUGUGUGGAUAUCCACCUGGCUUUCAUGAGUGUUUUGUGUGUGGGUUUGACUGGAGGGGGUUGGGGGGAAACUUUAAAAAAAAAAAAAGCCUAAAAGAGACUGCUAUUCCCAUAAAUGUACAGUAUAUUGCCCUUAAAUUGUAUGUUUGUAAAUUAGAUAUAUAUUUAUAGAUAUACAUGUAUGCAUAUGUAUAUAUGUUUACAUGCAUAUAAAUAUAUACAUGGGGUUAUUAUUGUGUAGACAUGUUUAUGCUGUAUUAUCUUACAAAUGUCUUAAUGUUUUUGUUUUUUAUAACUGGAGACUUGAAGGACUGCUGUUCAUAUGUAAAUAGGAGUUAUUGUGAAACUAGUGUUUUUACUGUAAAUGUCAUUUGGCUGUAGUACUUUACUUUAUCAUGCUUUGCAACAUUGACUUCUAAGUUUCUUCUUAUUCUCAAUCUUACUUGGCCCAUUUCUUAUUAUGAAAGAGGACAUAUAUUAUCAGAUUGGCUUAAUAGAAAUUUGAUCUCUUGGAAUUUAAUUGGUGAAAUUCUGUUAUAUUAAAUUGCUUGGUGAUAUGAAAAAUAGUGCUUUGUUUGAGAGGUAUUGCUGGUUACAGGAUUGUCAUCAAGUUCAUGUUACAAAUGCUGGCUCACAGUACUUGCAGAUAAAACAUAUCACAAUGUGGCCAUCAGGGAGUUUUUUUCAUGAAGACCUACUCAUCCAUUUUAUGCUAAAAAUGAUAGUCUCUGUCACUUUAAUUACCAACUGGCCAACAAGGGUUUUAAAGUCAGUCUUCCUUAAAAAAUGUAAUUGCACAGAGCCUGAAUACACAAACAAAAAAUUAACAGUAGGCCUCAUGCAUAUUCAGGCUCACUUAUCGCUUGCUGUUGAAACCAUGUGCAAGUGCCAAAGGUUAAACACUCAUCUUUAUAAAAUCUGCGUAUCAUUCUGCCACUGUUAGCUCUAGCCUCGUAACAUUGUUUAUGUCUGACUCAUUUCUUACUGAGAGCUAUCUAACAUGUGCCAAUAUGUGACGAAGGAAUGUGCAUUAAACACGUGCAUGAUCCCUCUGUGUUGCUUUGAUUAGAUGUCCAUUCAUUGCCAAUCAAAUUAAUAAUCUCCACAAUCCUGUGUUGCUCCUGUGUUUCCCUUUACUUCCUGACUUAUCUUUCCUUGCAUUAUGAAUGCACGAUCCCUUUUAUUUUUAUUGAUUUUGCUGUUUUUGUUUUGCUUUCUGUAGAAUCCCUCCUCAUUUCCUGCAAAGGUGGCUCUAAUAAUUCUAUGUCAAAUGCUUUGUAAUUAAGGAGAUGUUCCGUAAAAGAUUAAAUCUAUUGAAGUAUUUUAUUUAAAACAAAAAAAGACAAAGAGUUAACUUCAAAUAUUUAUCUGCUGCAGCUGUUGCAGCCAGAUGUUGAGGAGGUUUUAGCAUUUUCAAAAUGAAUUAUAAUUGAAAUGAAAUCUUAUUUUAAAAAUAAAACUAGUAACUGAA